GAAGCUCACGCUUUAUACCCAAUUUCUUGAUAUCCACGCCUAAUUUCAUGUCUCAGACUGGUCCAAAACUUUGAAGCUACCCGACUCCCACCACAGCAUGAGAUAAUUCGCGCCCCUUGUUCACCCCAUGCCUCGGCCACUUGUUUACCCCCGACCUGCGCCGCCAUCAUGUCCUCCCCCAGGUCCCCUCGGCGGUCCGAAGACAGCUUCGAGUUUCUGUCGCCAACCCCUUCACAGAGUUCCUUUCCCUUCCCAUCACAGAAUGACUGGACAAACCGGCCGAGUUCCACGGGCGGGCGCUAUAAGCCACGUCGCGGGUCCACGGCAAGCUCAAUACACUCGGUCGGCGGAGUGCUGGAUUCGGGGUUCAAGAGCAACAUGGGCGCGGUGAGAGAGCAGAACCAUAAUGCUAUCUCGACAUUGCUACAACCCCCGAUUGUGAGGACCGGCAUGGUUCCGCACACCACAGCUUCCGCAUUGUCCGGGCAUCGACCGCCCUCUACCAAAGAUAUCCCUCCCGUAACGCUUGCAAACAUACCCCACAUCGAACCGUCCGCCUUUAAUCCCUAUCUCUCGCAAGUCGGAACCCUCUACGAAGCAUUUCAGCGCGCAAAGGCGGAAGCAGAAGGAGAGGCUGCGCAACUAGCCAGAAAAGGGUCGAAGAAGGAUGGCAUCACAGAGAACUUGGAGCGCAGCUUGUAUACAGCUUCACCAUUGAGCACCCCGAACCUGUCAGGAGGCGCAUCCUCUCCGAUUGCAGCGCCGAAACCCAAGCGACGUACAAGCGGAUCGAAGCGCGCCUUGCCCGCUGUCACGCCACUAUCCACCAUACCGAAUGUCUACUUUGAGGAGAACUUCCACCUCGAGAAUCCGCGAACCUUUGACAUUGUGAGUGAAAGAUCCGAGGUGGUGCGACCUGUUCGAUCCAAGAGCAGUGAUGAUCUGAAUGCUGCAAACGGUUCGCUAGAUGCGCCACAGCCAACGGGCAGGAAAUCACUGGCGACAAAUGCGAUAUUACAGGAGAAGUUAUCAUGGUACUUAGACACGGUCGAGGUGCACUUGAUAUCGGCAAUCUCAACGGCUUCGACGUCCUUCUUUGCAGCUUUGGGAUCUCUGCGCGAACUCCAGUCGGAAGCUUCGGAAUCGGUUGCAAGGAUAAAGGGGCUCAGAGAUGAUUUGCGACGACUGGACGAACAAAUGGCGAUUGGAGGCUUGAAAGUCGUGGAGAUGAAACGGCGGCGAGAGAACCUCAGGAAGCUGACAGACGCAGUGGAUCAAUUACAAGCAGUCAUCGUUGGAUUAUCUCAUUGUGACGAAGUCGUCAAUAAGGGGGACCUAGAGAUUGCCAUGACCCGCUUGGAAGUCAUCGAACGACUGAUCACCGGCGCAUUAGACACCACAGACUCAAACAGCGUUUCGUGGUUACACACUCGGUUACCACCACAAUUGAUCGAUCUAAGAAGUUUGAGGGCACUGGAGGGCGUUUUUGAGAACAUUCAAGAGUUGAAAUUCCGCGUUGGGAGAGGAUUUGAAGCGCGCUUCGUUGAUACGCUGCUCACAGACUUGCGGGAGCACGUUAAACGCGUACCGAACCACGACACUCUGGAAAGAUGGGUAGCCGCAUCACAAAAAGCGCGAGGAAAUCACCCAAAGACGCAGUCAAGCAUGCCUGCAUAUUUGAAUACUAGCAACCAGCUUCGUUCGGAUCUACGAGUUAGCUUGUACGGUUUGAGUGGAGCACAGUUUACAAAUCAAGCCAGCGCCACCUUUAGAGAAGCGAUAGUGAAGGAAAUGAAGGUUUUAAUCCGGAGAUAUCUCCCCAGCUCGACCGACGAUGAUACAGAAUCUAUGGCAUCUGUCUCUACGAGAGGCAGUCGAGGCUACAGCCAGCAAGACAAGAAUUCGAUACUAGCCCGAAACCUCCGAGCAAUGGAUCCCGCAGAUGCCGAAGAGUUCUUUGUUAGCAUCUUCACGGACAUAGGCGAAGCAUUGCGCCGGCUCGGUACGCAGGUCAAGGUUCUCCUGGAUGUCACUAGUGGAGUCUCCACACCCCCAGCGUCUGCAGGCGGACUACGAUCUCCUCCGAGGAGUCCAUACAUGCACAACAUGGACAGCUACCUCGGUAACAGCACCCCUGCACCUGCGUCGAACGACCUGCAAAUGGAGCUGAUGCAAGCUUUGGAUAUGUCGAGCCUGCUCGGUCAGGCAGUGGACGCGGCGCAGACUCAGAUCACAAAACUUUUGAAGGUUCGUUCUGAAGCUACAGCGAAUCUGCCCCUCGAACGAUUUCUACGGUACUUUAGCCUGUGUAGACUAUUUGCCGACGAAUGUGAGGCAGUCUCAGGCCGUUCUGGUGCAGCACUGAAGGGUGUUGUGAACAUUCACAUAAGCGAUUUCGUGUCCAAGUUCGGCGACUUUGAAAAGCAAGAGCUAGCGAAAGCAAUGGACUCAGACCGUUGGGAGCCCAAGGACUUCGAUGUAGAGGAUAACGAGAUUCUAGCACGAAUACUAAAGGGUAUGGAGAGCGACCCACCAAACUGGGGCCAGACAGGCGAUGUCCUUCGCGAGAUCAAGGAACCGACUAGCAAUGGUACAGCGCCAACGAACGGCACUUCCGAAGACAAGCCCAAAGAGAAAAACAGGAACACCGCCCCUGCCAUUGUCGACGAAGAAAAGUACACCAUCUCACACUCUUCAACCGUAGUCCUCCGCGGCAUCGAGCGCUUUGAAAUCCUCCUCUCUACCAUACCAAGCAUGACGUCUGAAGUUUCCUCCUCCCUAUGCGAAUACAUCAAGCUCUUCAACUCGCGCCUGUGUCAGCUUAUCCUAGGAGCAGGCGCUAUGCAAACUGCCGGUUUGAAAAACAUCAAUACAAAACACUUGGCCAUUGCCUCCCAGGCCCUCUCAUUCAUCAUCGCCAUACUCCCUUAUAUCCGCGAAUGUGCACGCCGCCGUAUUGCCACCGCCACCAACAAGUCUGCCAUCGGCGAAUUCGACAACGUCAAGCGUCUCCUGCACGAUCAACAGACUUCGAUCCACGAGAAACUCACUGAUAUCCUAUCUGGGAGGGCAACAGUACACAUGCGCAGCCUCAAGAAGGUGGAGUGGGAUACUGAUGCCGAGGUAAACAAGGAUGUUAGUACUAGUAUGGAGAGCUUGACCAAGGAUACGGUGACGAUGCACAAGGUCAUCAACAAGUAUCUAAGCGAGAUACAGGUUAGAAUGAUCAUGGCUCCGGUGUUUGAGAGUUAUAGGGAGCAGGUCGGGAAGGUUAUUAGGGAAGCGGCGGUCAAGACGCCGGGUGGUAAAGCGAGGCUGUUGCGAGAAGCGAAACUCUUCGAAGCGAAAUUGGGCCCUAUCGAUGGCGCUGGGAAUGUUGGUACUUACCUUAUUCAGCUUGUUGAGGGGAAGCAGGUCGCGCAGACUGAAAAGAAAGAAGCUCUUGAGGCUGAGACAGAGAAACCCAGUCAAGAUACGUCCUGAGGUAUUCAAACACUCAAGAGUGGCCGCCCCGCAUCAGAGAGGGGCGCUGACAGUCCCACACUCGCCUACCAAGCGGCCUCGCAUGCUAUCAAUCCAGUAAGAUCGACAGCUGCAUGCUCAUACUUAUUUACUAUCCGACGCUCCAGCGACAGGCAUUAGACCCCAAUACUCUUGGACGAAUCAUCGAAAACUCAUGGCAAGCACGCACAGUAAGAUCUGAAUGCGAAGCAAGAGCCCAUCAGAGGGCAAUUUACGUAAAUCUACCUCUUUCAUUCCUAUGUAAAUGUCCUGUACCACUAUCAAGCAAAAAACAAGCACGGCGUUUUGGGCGCAACAUAGACAGAAGUACGGCAAGGAACGCCGGAUAGCGGGAGAUGGAUCAGGGACAGACCGCCCAUGUGGUUUUUUGGGCUUAUCUAUUAGC